AUGAUCUCGCUCGGCAAGAUCGCUGCCCUCGCGUUCUUUACGCUUGGUAUCGUCGCCUCUACAGUCCCCACUAAGCGCCAGAGCGACUUGACUGCCGUCGGCGUCCUCAACAAUCUCGCCGAUGAAAUCACUCCCAUCGCUGCUCAAUUCACUUUCCUCACGCCUGCGAAUGCGACCCCAGCCAACGUGCAAGGCAUCCUUGACCAGAUGAACCCGUUCUUCGUCGAUACAUCGGCUAAGAUUGGGGCCGCCCUUCAAGCUCAAUCAGCCGCCGACGUGAGCGCAACGAUGCAGGCCAUGGCCGAUGUCAUCAACGCUGUAUAUACACCCAUGCGCAAGCUCUCUGCCACUGCAGGCAUUUCCGUCGAGGUGUUCCUGCCCUCAAUUGGGACCUACCUUAACCAGUUCCUUCCCGCGGUAUUCGUCGCCUUUCUCAACUCUCUUUCUUGA